AUGCCCUCUUCGUCUACGGGUCCCGAUGGUCCCAAGCGUGGACGUAGCCCCGUUCGAGCUCCCCUGAAUACUGAUGGCGAUGGCAAAAGGCGCAAGAAGCGCAACCGCUGGGGUGACCAGCAAGAGAAUAAGGCUGCCGGUCUUAUGGGACUACCGACUAUGAUCAUGGCAAACUUCACCAGCGAGCAGCUUGAAGCUUACACACUUCACCUUCGUAUUGAGGAAAUCAGUCAGAAGCUUCGGAUCAACGAUGUGGUCCCCGCCGAUGGUGAUAGAUCUCCCUCGCCACCACCUCAGUACGACAACUUCGGAAGACGUGUGAACACUCGCGAGUACCGUUAUCGCAAGCGUCUUGAGGAUGAACGUCAUAAGUUGGUCGAGAAGGCCAUCAAGACGAUCCCUAACUACAAUCCGCCUUCUGACUACAGACGCCCGACCAAGACCCAGGAGAAGGUCUAUGUCCCCGUGAAUGACUAUCCAGAGAUUAACUUCAUUGGCUUACUCAUAGGACCUCGUGGAAACACCUUGAAAAAGAUGGAGACCGAGUCCGGUGCUAAGAUUGCUAUUCGAGGCAAAGGCUCCGUCAAGGAAGGAAAGGGUCGAUCUGAUGCCGCUCACGGUAGCAACCAGGAAGAAGAUCUCCACUGCCUGAUCAUGGCGGAUACCGAAGAAAAGGUUAACAAGGCCAAGAAGCUUGUCCACAACGUCAUUGAAACAGCUGCAUCCAUCCCUGAAGGCCAGAACGAACUCAAGCGCAACCAACUUCGUGAACUGGCUGCUCUUAAUGGUACCCUUCGUGACGACGAGAACCAGGCUUGCCAGAAUUGUGGUCAAAUCGGACACCGCAAGUACGAUUGCCCUGAGCAGCGUAACUUCACUGCGAACAUCAUCUGUCGUAUCUGUGGCAAUGCUGGUCACAUGGCUCGUGAUUGUCCUGAUCGCCAGAGAGGCAGUGACUGGCGCAAUACUGGCGGCGCUGAUAGACGUGGCGAUCGUGCUGUUGGCACUGGUGAUGCUGUGGAUCGCGAGAUGGAGCAAUUGAUGAACGAGUUGUCUGGUGGUGCUCCUGGUGAAUACGAGCCUCGUCGCAUUGAAGCCGGCCCUGAUGGUGGUAGUGGCCAUCCCGACGACCGUGAUGCGAAACCCUGGCAGCAGCGUGGACCACCUCCUCAAAGUGAUGUGGCUCCAUGGCAACAACGCCGUGAACCUCGCCCUCGUGAUGAAUACGGAUCCCGCGACAAUUACGGAUCCCGCGACAACUAUGGAUCCCGCGACAAUUAUGGAUCCCGCGACAAUCAUGGACCUCGCGACGACUAUGGAUCUCGCAACCAGGGUGGCCCUGCCCCUUGGGCUGCGCAGAACCAGCACCAAGCUCCACCCCAGAACCGGGACUACGCUUACGGAUCUCAAGGUGGUUAUACUGCUCCUGGUACUGCCCCGAGUGCUGCUCCUUGGCAAGCCCAAGUCCCCCCUGGUGGACAGCAGCCUGCCUAUGGUGGUGGAUAUGGUGGAUACGGUGGAUAUGCGGCUUACCCUCCUGGCAUGGGAGCUCCUGGUGCUGUCCCUCCUGGUAUGGGCGCACCUCCUCCCCCUCCUGGUAUGGCUCCCAUGUACCCCGGAGGUGCUGGCAGUCCUCCCCCUCCUCCCCCACCUGGCGAUGCCCCGCCUCCCCCGCCUCCAAGCGACCUGCCUCCCCCACCCCCUCCCCCUCAGUGA